AUGUCGCAAGGCCAGCCUGCACCGUCCUCACCCACCAAGACACCCAAGCGCCAGGAAUCCGCUACUAGCCGGCGCAUCAGCUCGCCUGCGCAAGCCGCGGCGCGGCGGCAGUCGUUAUACGGCCACGAUGACCGAAUCGUCAUCGAUCCCGGAUCGCGUGUCUGGAAGGUAGGCUUCUCGGGGGAGCCCAGCCCCCGCACGUGCUUCUUCGCGCACGACUCCACCGACCGCACGCGUGCUACAGAGAUCUGGGACCUCGACCUCUCCGCGACGGCUGGCGCCCACGGGAACGUCGCCGAGGCCCGACGCCUAGUACAAGUCCGUAUCCAGAGGCGGCUGCGUGACACCUUCCACAAACACCUCCUCACGGACGGCAAGCAGCGCAAGGCCAUUGUCGUGGAAAACACCUUCCUCCCGACCUACGUCAAGGAACUCAUUACGGCCGCCCUUUUCGACAACUUAAAGUGUCCGAGCGUCGCAUUUACGCCCAGUUCAAUCCUCGCCCUCGCCGCCAGCGGGAGAGUCACGGGCCUCGUUGUUGACGUGGGCUGGCUCGAGACCACCGUCACUCCGGUUUUCUGCUCGCGGCCACUGUAUAACCUGGCGCGCUCGAGCCCCGUAGCUGGGCGCACGCUGUACAUGCGUCUCCGCGCGCUCCUCCGUCGGUUCGGCCGAUACCAGCCGCCCACACGCGGAGGGACGCCGCCCCCAUUGUCGCCCCCAGCCCUCAGCUUGUUGACGGAUCAACUCGUCGAGCGCGUACUCACCGAGGCUUGUUUUGCUGAGCAAUCCGCUCCACCAGCACGAACCCCAGAGCCAAUGGACACGGACGGCUACGAACCCACGUUGCCUGUACCGGACAUGGAGAACGAGGAGCUUCUCGACGCACUAGCAGCAAGAUAUGGUGGUUCUUCGCAGGCCAAUGACUGGACCGUGUCAAUCCCUUCGGCGCGCGGGACAGGCGCGUGUGGGCGCCUCGUCGUGCCGGGGUGGCUGCGCCAGCGUGUAGUCGAUGCGCUCUUUGGUGACGGGCCGGACGAGGAAGACUGUGUGCCCGAACUGAUCUUACACACGCUGGAAAGGCUCCCUGUCGACCUUCGGCCGGACAUGAUUUCUUCCAUCCUCGUCACUGGUGGCAUCUCCGCCCUUCCCGGCUUUAUUCCCCGGGUGCGCAACGAGAUACUCUGCCGCAUUCCUGCUGAAGGCAUCGUCCUGGACUUUACCGACCCGCUCGCCGAGGUCGCCUCGUGGCGCCGGCGAUCAAAGGAGCCGUACACCGAGCUCCACGGCCUCUCGAUGCGGCUCGCGAUCAUUAACGACCCCGCACCGCUAGAUGGUACCGCGAGUGCGAGUGGAGGGACUGCUCCCCGAUGGGCGUCGCCCCUCGUCGCAUGGGUGGGGGGUUCGCUAGCUGGCGUGUUAAAGACGUCGGCACCCGAGCUCGUGCGGGAGGACUAUGACGCGCGUGUCAACGAAUCAGUUGACCGUGGGGAGGAGUACCGAGCCGCCUUGGAGCGGGAACGUGACGAGCUGGGCGCCGCGAUUGCAGCAGUGGGCUUAGACAUUGACGAACUGCAGCCCGGCAUGGCGAGGGCUGCGUUAGCCGGCAAGCGGAAGCGAGGGUGGGCUGUCGGCGGCAUUGUGCCGGACUGGACGACGGCGCGUGUGCGUGCGAGUGUGUGGACGGGUUAG